AUGCUCGUUGUUGUUGGGGCGCCUCCAUCUCAUACAAUUGCUUCCGAAGUUGCCACAAACAUCGCUGGUGCAUACUUGCGAAAGAAAUCUGGUAUUAUGGCUGGCCAAACAGCUCUCUCGGUUGCGGAUGAGAAUGCGGUUGUUGAGCGGGUGGAACGUUGGCUCAAACAUGGGUUUUUCCCUUAUCCCACAUUGCCAAAGGAUGUAGCCAAUGCAUAUCUUCAUAAUAACCAGAACUACAACCAGAACAAACCAAACUUGAACGUCGGUUGGCAGAGGGGCUUCUUGGAUCGGAAUCAAGAACUUUCCGAUGACUUAGCCGAAGAACGCGAUACAAUAAGGCUAAGAGGUAUGCACGAAGACCGCAGGGCUUGGAAAUUCUUCCACGCGUUCAAAGAUGUCAAGCAGAAGUUUUCGGUUACCGACGACAACAUCUACGCAAUGGAAGAUGCUGCAUUCGUCACCACCAUGUAUCGAAAGUCGCCCGCUAUGUUCGUUCGACCACUGAACCAAUAUCACAAGAGAGAAGAACGGGCAUUCUCGUCUGUGAUCCACUGUUGUUCAACGCGAGGGAAGCACCUGUCCCCAUACAUAGUCUGCAGGAGCCAGGAUCCACCACAGACCAAAAACUUUGGUCAAAUCAAAGUUUCCUCUACCCAAUCAGGCUGGGCAGAGGCGACUCAUGCACUUGACUGGGUGAAGACCGUUUUUGAGCCAGAGACUCGACCUCGAGGUCGGCGUCAAACAUGGAGAAUCCUGAUGAUUUCCCAACGAUGUCGGAUAGUCUACCCCGAUUUCGAAAGUUUCUGCUGGGACCACAAUAUCGCCUGUAUUGCUUUCCCCAAGAACGAGCAGAAGUUCUUCAACCCAAUGGAAAACAUCGCCUUUGGGCCUAUGCAAAAAAGCUAUACCGACUACAUGAGAAAGAGAUUUUCGGAUAACAAUGAAAAUGCUACUACCCUGAAUAUGGCUGAGUUUGCAAGCUGGAUCCAUGGCGAGGUAGCUUCGUCUACACGAGUGAAAGAAGCAGCCGAUGUUUGGCGUCAAAGCUGCCUUGUGCCUCUAGAUGAAAAUCGCCUUCGGAACUGCCUCCAAGGGAACCGAGCUACCGCCGCCCCAGAGGAUAGAAGCUCCAAUUUUGAUAGCCGCUUCGAUUCGGAUGAUAACGGCAGGAGAAUGACAAGCCGACAGUCGCCACUUCGAACAAGCGUUCCUUUACCCGUCAUCCCAUCAACGGAGGCAUUAAGCCGACACUCCACUCCCGAAUAUUCACCUCCUUCACCACGGCCAUCACAAACCAGCCCAGAGAGCCAGGAGACCCAACAGAGUGACGAUAGCUCCCAAUCGGAGGAAGAUGAAUCAGACGGCGAGAAUGAGACGUUCACCAAUCAUCAUCCUAUCACGCCAUGCAGGACCCCUAGACUACCCAAGACUGCUCGGGCCAAAACUCCAGAGAGGAAACCAUCUGAUUCAGUGAUGUCGUCUAAGAAACACCGGGACGUCUUGGAUAAAUGCAUAGAAGGAUCGCCUAAAACACAGAAGAGGUAUCGCGAUGAUUUAAUUCUCGAUCGUGGGGAUCUAGAGAAGGAGAAUGCUCGCCUGAAAGAAAGGGUCGAGCUUUUGGAACAGUUUGCGCUUAAGAGACCGAGACUCGACUGA